GGCCAAGAGUGUGUGGGCGGCGGCGCGCGGGUGCGAGCGCGGAGCUGUGAGGCGCAGGCAGGGCUCUGGGGCACCUAGAGACCGGGGCCGGGGACGUGGCAGCCGCCCUGCCCGCCAGAAAGUUUCCUAGAAGUUUGCUGGGCGCGGGCGCACGACUGACUAGCCGGACCAUGAACGUGUUCCGAAUCCUCGGCGACCUGAGCCACCUCCUGGCCAUGAUCUUGCUGCUGGGGAAGAUCUGGAGGUCCAAGUGCUGCACGGGCAUCUCUGGGAAGAGCCAGAUCCUGUUUGCUCUCGUCUUCACCACCAGGUACCUGGACCUGUUCACCAACUUCAUCUCCAUCUACAACACAGUAAUGAAGGUGGUUUUUCUCCUCUGUGCCUAUGUUACAGUGUACAUGAUAUAUGGGAAAUUCCGUAAAACUUUUGACAGUGAGAAUGACACAUUCCGCCUGGAGUUUCUUCUGGUCCCAGUCAUUGGCCUUUCCUUCCUUGAAAACUACAGUUUCACUCCGCUGGAGAUCCUCUGGACUUUCUCUAUCUACCUGGAAUCAGUGGCUAUUCUGCCCCAGCUCUUCAUGAUCAGCAAGACUGGAGAGGCUGAGACCAUAACUACUCACUACCUGUUCUUUCUGGGUCUGUACCGGGCACUCUACCUGGCUAACUGGAUCAGGCGGUAUCAGACUGAGAAUUUCUAUGACCAAAUUGCAGUGGUGUCUGGAGUAGUACAAACCAUCUUCUACUGUGACUUCUUCUACUUGUAUGUGACCAAAGGUAGGUCCUGGGAUGACAGCAAUGAUGCUGACACUGGCCUGAGUUACUCAUCCAUUUAAUAAGUAUUCCAGCAGAUACAGAUGUGAACAGUCAAGUCUCUGCCAUUAACAGUGCUUGUGUUCUAAUGCAAGAAGACAAAUAUUUUCAAGAAAGAAACAAAUGCCAUAAAAACAUGCAGGCCAAUAGGUUAUGUGUACUAUGCAAGACAGCUGUGAGAUGACAUUUGACAGAAUACUUGGUUAAUAGUGAAAAACAUUCCAGAACUUAUUACAAGCCCCAAGGCGACAACUAGCUUGGUGUGAGGGACAAAAAGGCUAGUGGGGUCAAAAUCUAUAAACCUGGAGAUAACAGUUAACCAAGACCAGUUCACGUAGGGCAGAGGUGUCCAACCUUUUGACUUCCCUGGCCCACAUUGGAAGAACUGUCUUGGGCCACACAUAAAAUACACUGAUAGCUUAUGAGCAAAAACAAACAAACACUUCAUAUGUUUUAAGAAAGUUUACAAAUUCAUGUUGGGCCACAAAGCCAUCCUGGGCCACGGGUUGGGUUAAGAUUGACCUAGCACCUCAUAGGCCAGGGUAAGGGGUUUGCACUAUAUUCUGAUUGCCAAGGGCAGGUACUGGGUCAUUAACCCAAUCCACUAGCUGCUAUGUAGGGUAAAAAGCAGUCCAAGUACAGUGACUAGCUAUGGGGCAGUUGCAGUCGUUCAGGAAAAAGGCUCUAGGUGGAAAGAGAUGUGGACACAAGUUCUGGGACUUGAGAGGGACUGCUGAUUGAUGGUAUGAGGUGUACAAUAGACAAUUUGAGGCCAAUCGCUAAGUUUACAGCUGGGGGGAAAGGUGCCCAUAACCAAGUCGGGAAUCAGUAGGUCCACAGUCAACCAGAGAUGAAGACUCCCCCUUUGCUUUAACAAUCAAACAUAUACUGUGAGACGGCCAUUAAGAGAUGAUACCAAGAUUAUGCAUCAAGUUAUAAAGCAGUCCUUUCAUCAGAUGGUAAAUUCUCAUUUCAUCUCCAUUUUCUUCCAGUCCUUAAGGGAAAGAAGUUGAGUCUUCCAAUGCCAAUCUGAGGACCCCUCAGAGAUAGUCUACACCUCAACAAGCACAUGAAGAAAACUAUUUUGAAUGUUCUUUGGCAACUUGUCCGUAAUUUGGGAUCAAAUGUUAAAACCAGAAAAAUGCUUAGUGUGGAUUUCAGCAAAACCUGAUCCCACCCAGAAGACCUUCUCAUCAAUAGAUCGCCCUUAAAGACCCAUUGUAAGGUCAUAAAAAACCUUGGCCAACUGCACAAAGAUGGUGCCUCACUGCAAGAAACCUUAAGGUGCCUUACCGACGAAAUAGACCAAAUAAAUGAUUGUUCUCUAAGGCCCGAGGGCAAGACUCAUGACGAGCAAGUCAACCCCAAUCUGGAACGAUAUCCCUCCUCUUAAGAAUAUUCCAACUAAAGACCAGUUAAAACAUUAGAGUACGUUCCUGUGAAUUUCCACUUUCCAGGCAGAUGACCAAAUUUAGGUGGUCAACAUAUCAAGGUGACAGCUAGUUUUAAGUGUGAAACUUAUUUCACCUUCACACUGCCUUCAGGCCAGAAGCAAAACAAAUUUACUGGGUUUGGCUGGAGGAGCUUUGUGCCUCAUCUUUUACUGGUUUGAAUUUUUUCAAACCAGUGGCUGACACCUGCCUUGUACUUAGUACCUUAAUACCAAUAACCUAAUGGUACUUAGGUGAGUACCAUUUGCAGAAUCACUGUUUUACUUAUGAGCAGAUACAGAUAUAUCCAAACCCUUACCUACUAGGCAUCCUGCUAGGGUUUUCAAUUCCAAUUCUUGUAUUAAGUUUUUUCCUUUCAGUUUCAGGUGCUAAAGUAAUCAGUCAAUCCAAUAUCCCCCACCUUUGUCUUGAAACAAAAACUGUUUUAAGACAUCUACGUUGAACUAUUCAGAGAAUUAAGCAAUAAAAGCUCACACCUUA